AAUCGUCUUUGGUCAGAGGAGUAUUUGGUAAUGUGUUAAAAGUAGUGCAAAAAUAAAAUAUUUGAUCCACCAUGGGAAAUACGGAAAGCAAUGUGACCAGUGGUGUUAAGAAGCAAGCUGGAACGUCCACGCAGGAGUUGUACAAAUUUGUCAAUCUCAAGGGUGGUGGUCUGUUGGUGGACAUGAUGAAGAGGGCAGCACAGAGUAAGCAAUUUGCAGAAAUUGAUCAUGCCAUCAAGACCAAAGUGGAGCCAUUUCUGUACAACAAGGGCGCAGGAAAGUGGAUUCCUGUGGCUUCUCUAGUUCUGCUGCGUAACCGUGAGCGUCCCAGACACAAACAAUUGCCCGAGAUACGAGUAAUGGAGAAUCCCGAUGAGGACUUUGAUAUUGCCCAACACUGUCCUGAAGUCAGUGAGGCUGAGUACUAUACCAACAUGGAGGCCUAUCGGGAUGUUUGUUGGGAUAUUAAGGAGAGAGGUGCAGUAGGGGAAACUAUAUUGCAUUUAUGUCUUCUCAAUGCUACAUCGCUUCAUGCUGAUCUGGCCAAGAGACUUCUACGCUUCUAUCCCAAGCUCAUCAAUGACAUUUAUAUGUGCGAUGAGUACUGGGGUGAGAAUGCCCUUCACAUUGCUAUUGUGAAUGAGGAUCCGGCCAUGGUGAAGUAUUUGCUCGAUGCAGGAGCAGAUGUCAAUGAGCGUUGCUGUGGCAACUUUAUGUGUCCUGAAGAUCAGAAAGCAUCGCGAUUUGACUGUACGGACCACGAAUACGUUGGAGUCCUUCCAAUGACCAACUACGACGGGUAUGUCUAUUGGGGAGAGUAUCCUCUCAGCUUUGCGGCUUGUUUGGGUCAGGAGGAGUGUUAUAGAUUGGUUUUAGCACGGGGUGCUGAUCCUGAUGCACAGGAUACCAACGGUAAUACCGUGCUCCAUAUGUUAGUAAUCUACGAAAAAGUCACCACCUUCGAUAUGGCAUACGAAGUGGGAUCUACUCUGUCCAUCCGGAAUCAACUGAAACUUACUCCUCUCACCCUUGCUGCCAAAUUGGCUCGCGUUGAGAUGUUCUUUCACAUCCUCAACAUUGAGCGUGAAAUCUACUGGCAAUUGGGUAGUGUUACAUGUGCAGCUUAUCCCUUAUCGCAAAUUGAUACGAUUGAUGUCGAAACUGGUCAUAUCAGUAAAGAUUCCGCCCUAAAUCUCGUGGUAUUCGGCGAUAAAGAUGAGCACUUGGAAUUGAUGGAUGGAGUACUCAUAGAUUUGUUAAAAGUCAAAUGGAAUACCUUUGUAAAGAGUCGUUUUUACAAGCAAUUCUACCUCUUUGCCAUCUACUUCAUGGUCAGUCUAUUUAGUUUCAUCCUGCGUCCUGGACCAGCUCUAGAGGACGAUGAUGACGAUGAAAAAAUUGUACUUGUGGGAAAUCAAAGAAAUAUCACUGCCAUACGUGAAAUGUACAGUGACUUAGCAAAUGCGACCUUCAUCUUUCUCAAUGAAUCAAUCUCCGAAUUGAUCGGAAAUACAAGCCAUGUUGAUACGGAUCUUGUGUUUAUCAAUAAGACAAGUACUUGGUGGAAUACAUAUGGAGAGUGUCCAUUAAUGAACUUUGAGACCCAAGAGAGUAAAUUCAGGAUUAUUUCGGAAGUUCUACUCCUCGUGGGAGCACUUCUUUACAUCCUGUCGGCCCUCCGAGAAAGCCGUUUCCUCGGCUACAAGAUGUUUAUUGAGAAUUUGAUGACAGCACCUUCUCGGGUGAUGUUCCUAUUCUCCUGCUGCCUCAUGAUGGUCAUGCCAUGGCUGAGACUCUCGUGCUCAACUGAAAUUGAGGAUCACUUUAUUGUGGUGAUAAUGCUCACCACAGCGCCGUACUUUCUCUUCUUCUGUCGCGGUUUUAAGACAGUCGGACCCUUCGUCGUGAUGAUCUAUCGCAUGGUGAUGGGAGAUCUCCUGCGAUUUGUCUCCAUCUACCUUGUCUUCGUGAUGGGCUUCUCGCAGGCUUACUACAUCAUAUUCCUGUCUUUCGACAAUCCUUCUACACCAGAAGGUAUCGAUGAUAGCCAGACUAAUCCAGUUCCUUCACCUAUGGAAUCUUUCGUGGCUAUGUUUCUAAUGUCCUUGGGAAAUUUUGGGGAUUACUAUCCCGCAAUGGAGCUAACAAAUCAUGAAUUAGAGGGCAAAGUGCUAUUUGUGAUUUUCAUGGUAAUUGUGGCGGUGCUACUGGUCAACAUGUUGAUCGCCAUGAUGGGUAAUACGUACCAGAAGAUCGCUGAAACGCGCAAUGAGUGGCAGAGACAGUGGGCGAGGAUUGUUCUGGUUGUGGAGCGUGGAGUUGCUCCAGCUGAACGCCUCAAGAAUUUCAAUUCCUACAGUCAGCCCAUGUCAGAUGGUCGUCGAGCCCUGGUAUUGCGUCUGAAUAUGACAGAUGACGACAAGGAGGAGAUGAAGGAGAUCAUGGAGAUGAAGCGUGUGCAUGAUCGUUUGUUCAAGAAGAGGAAAGUUGAGCGUGAAAAGAGAUUCAUGGAUCGUCAAAAGCUCCGGGAAAAGUACACAACCACCAAUUCGUCUCAAGAAUAUCUCACCACAAAGGCCGCCUUUUGAAGAACAAACUCUCUCCAAAAAAUAGGUAUAUUUUUAAUUUUUCUUUCAUUUAUUUUACUUUAGAAAUUACACAAAAAUUCAACAGUAGAUCAUGUUUUAAAAAGUACAAUUAUAUAGCUUUAACUUGCUCUAAAGUGUGUGGUUUCUCAAAUAAAUUAAAAUUAAUAGUAAA